CGCCAAACAAACCGUCAGCCAGUCCAUCUCAUCACACAGACAUCCGUCCGGCUGGCACACAGACACACAAUGGAAUCCUUGCCGUGUCUCGUCUUGCCUUCCCGGCCAGUCAAGCGAAAAGCAAAAAGGAGGCCGUGCCGUGAGUGAGCCAGUGAGCCGACCAGCCGGCAGACAGACGAAAAAUACACGAACCGACACAGCCCACUAAGAAUGUAUCACCCAUCCACCCACCCAUCCAUCCAUCCAUCUCCCCUCGACCACAUACCCCUCUUUUCUGUGGCGCACAGGUCACUUUCCUCCUUUCUGCUGCAUCUGAAGACAGCUUGAGAACACCGUCGUGGCCCAUGAGGCUGUCCGUGUCGGUGCAGCAGAUGCCCGAUGAGUCGACGGCAACUGCACCGCAGGCCUGCAGCCAACACACCCACACCACAACACAACGGCAUGCGUACAGCGUCUUGCACCGAUUCGCUCUCUGCCUUACGUACACGGGCAUCUCAGCGGACUAACACCAACCGAAGCAGAGACAGAGGAAGGAAAUAUGCAUCCUUUUCCGUUCGUUCCCCCUCGUUGUUUUCUCUUACCUCAUCGUCGAUGUCGUCCUCACCGUCGUCGCCCAUGGGCUGCUGUGUUGCGUCGUCAAAUAGCUGGUGCACUGAGGCCUGCAUGACGGCGGAGAGAGACACAACACACAGAGGUCGAUCGCAUCAAUCCAUCCACCCAUGCCCAUCCUCGCUUGUAUCGUUCCUGAGUAUAGAGGAGCUGUGGCUGUGAGCUAUUGUUGACGGGCGGCUGCUGCAUGACACAUUGGAUGAUGGAUAGAGUCUGGCUCGUGAGUGUUCGCGUUCCCUAUGGCUACUCGGAGUACCUGUGGUACAGCUGCGACGAUGGCUGUGGGAUUUAGCUGGUUGAUGCGGUAGAUCCAUGACUGCACCACCCCUCCACCGCCACUGCCAAACCCCGCCAUGGCCCCCACCUUGUUCGCCGCCUCACGGUGUACGUCCAGGUCGUAGUCAGCCUCGCUGCUGAGGCUCGCUGGGGUGAUGGCGUUCACGAACGGGUGCAGCAGAAACUGAAUGCAGAUAGACACGCAGCCAACCAGCCAUUCAGCCAGCCAGCCAGCGACGUCAAGAUACACCCAUCGAUUGUGCUACAGUAUGUGUGGGUGUACAUAUGUACCUGGGAGGGCUUCAGGUCAUGUUUGGGGGCCAGCAGCAGGGCGGCGAUGAGGUGGGUGGCCUCGGGUGAGAGGUGCACUCCAGCGGCGCGACCCUGGUCGUACACGGCACCGAAGGGGUCCUCCUGGAAGCGAGACACGACGUGCAGUAGCGCCUAGAAGAUUGACAACACACACGCAUGCAACUCACACGUAUGCAUGUCUUGUUGAUUGUGUAGUCGGUUACAUACCUGCCCCUUCACUGCGCUGCUGAUGAGGUCGCGACCCGUCAGUAUCUCAAACACACUACUUGCUGUGUGAGGGAAAGGUGCGCAUUGAGAGAAAAGCAUACGCAAAGAGAAAAACGAUGCGCACACAUGUGGCUUUCUCUGCGCAUGUGUACGUGUGCUGUGGGUCACUCACCGACAUCCCGCAUCAUGCCGUCUUCUUGGCGGGCGCCCUUGGGCCUCACACAGCGGUCACGCAACUCCUUGUCAAUGAACGAUAAUGGCGGCCUGUCAGACACAUACCGCACAGACACCAAACAUGCAUUCAUUCGGGUGUUCUGAUGGUGCGGCUCGUGUCGUGUGUUUGUGUGUAUGUGGUGGCUGACCGUGCCGCCUUUGGUGCGAUGUCUGCGGGGCUAAACAGGACCUUAGCACCACCGCCACGUAGCAGCUCCGCCGUGUCCACAUACACACGAUCAGUGGCGAGGUGGGGCCGAUGGACCAAAUCUCUGCAUGAAUGAAUCGCAUUGCGUCCAGCAUUCAUGUGUCCACGUGUGUCCCGUUCCGUACUUGCUGUCGAUCUGUGCUGCGCCGAGCAGCAUCGAUCGGGCGAGCGCAGCAGCAGUUUGGUCAGUGCACCGCAUGGCCUUGCCACGCCACCGAAACUCCUUCCUGGGCAGCACAUCACACCAACACACACAUGGCUGCGGGCGGUAUAUGGUGCGGUGUGGUGUGGUGCAGUGGGGCUUACGAGAGCCAUUCCUUCAGUGUGGGCAGGUGCGGAGAUGCGACGAAGGCGUAGAAGGUGUGGCCGUCAGGGCCCUGCAUGUAUUGGGGUCAAUCAACAGAAAUCUUCGGUAGUAUUCUGGAUGGCGUGUCAAGGUUACGUCCUGGUGGUAGCAGUCUGCCUUAUGGAGGCAGCUCAUCUCCUUCUCGAGCUGCUCGUACUUCAUCAAAGUCUCACACACCUGGCCAGCCAACACACACACACACACACACACAGAGGGACACAACACAUGCGCCCCCCCUCCCUCCCUCGUCCAUUCAGCCGUGCGUACCGAUGGUUUCGCCGCCUUGGGGAGCUGCAUGCACGUGAUGAGGAACGGCAGUAGCGUCGUCCGCUCUCCGGCCACCACGGUGGUCAUGUUGUCCGCGUGGUGAACUACCUUCUCCCCGAACACACCGAACUGCAUCAAUGUCGCACCGACACACCACGGAAAACCAUCCAUGGCACGCCAUCCCAGCCACAUGGAUCUUCUUCUCCCCGGCCCUCACCUGGAUGUCGAAGCGCUCCGCCAGCGCCACGGAAUACUGGUUCGGCAGGUUGUCGUAGGCGGCCAGGUACGGCACGGCCGAACUGAGCGUCCCUAGGGCCUUCAGGCGCUUCGUGUUCGCAUACCGCCCGGCCGCCUUCUUGUUGGUGGUCAGCACCAGGGGAUGGAUGGAUGGCUGGUGGAAAUACAGCCAUCUGGCGGACUCCAAUAGCGGACUCCACAUGGAUGGCGCCCGCAUCCGGUCCCCGCUCUCCUUUGCCGCCUUCUUGUAGUCCGCUGCAAAUCCAGGUGCGCGGGGGAAGAUGGGCACCUGGUUCUCCUGCAGGAGCUGCUGAGAGGGGCGGACUUAUCGAUGGACAUCUUCGAGCUGAGGUAUUUCUGUUCGGCGCUAUAGGCCGCCAUCCUCUCGGCCCGCACG